AUGAGUUUUCUCGUCCCCAGGACCCUGAUCGAGGACGACAAGGUCGCCGGGUUCUCGGUAUUCUGGGCCGACGACGGACUGGACACGGGACCGAUCCUCCUCCAGCGCAGCUGUCCCGUCAAGCCGAACGACACCCUCGACAGCCUCUACAAGGACUUUAUGUUCCCCGAGGGCGUAGCUGCCAUGGCCAAGGCGGUCGACCUCGUGGCCGAGGGCAAAGCACCCGCCGUGGCCCAACCCGACGAGGGCGCGUCGUACGACCCCAUGCUCAACAAAAAGGACCUCCAGGAGAUCAAGUGGGCCGGAAAAUCCGCCCGGCAGGUCCACAACUUCAUACGCGCCCUCGACUCGACCCCCGGCGCGUGGACCCUCGUCAACAACGAGGAGGCCAAGCUCUACAAAAGCAGCUUGUUCGAGGGUAAGGAUGUACCGGAAGGUGACAGGGUGGACGUGAACGGGCGGCCGGGCGUGGUGCACGGGGCUGGUCUCCUGAUCCAGGCCGAGGACGGCAAUUGGGUGAACGUGGAGGUGCUCAAGCUGGGCACGCGGACCAUCAGUGCCAGCAAGUACGGCGCCAAGUCGAUGGAAAAUGGCACCCGCAGCAUCGAGUUCACGGAGGACGAGAGGGAGGCCGUCCAAGCCAUGCGCAACACCUGGGGGGGCAUACUCAAUCUCGAGAUCGAGGACGUCAAUACUUUAUACAAAAAAGGUGCCAGCAGUAUGGACGUGGUCCGGCUGGUCGAGGAGGUCAAGGACAGCUUGGACAUCCACCUGCAAAACACGGACGUGUUCAUGGCCCCGACGUUCAUCGAGUUCGCGAGCGUGGCAGUUCUGGCGAGACGCGGGGCCACGGCUAGCCGGAGCGUCCAUUACGAGCCGGUAGUCGCCCAAGCCAACGGCCUCGAGCUCAGGUUCCCCCGCCAACUGUUCAUCGACGGCAAGUUCGUCAACGGGCGGGCCAAGCCCAUCCCGAGUCUCAACCCCCACGACGAGAGCCUCAUUUGCGAGGUCGAGAGCGCCUCCACCGAGGACGUCGAUUUGGCCGUCCAAGCGGCCAAACGGGCCUUCGACGAGGGCGAGUGGAGCAAAAUCAGCGCCCGCGAGCGCGCGUCCCUCCUCUUCAAACUGGCCGAUCUGAUGGAGGCGCACCGGGAGGAGUUGGCGACCCUCGAGAGCCUGGACUCGGGGGCCGUGUACACCCUGGCCCUGAAGACCCACGUGGGCAUGUCGGUGGAGAGUUGGCGUUACUUUGCCGGCUGGUGCGACAAGAUACAAGGCGCGACGGUGCCCAUAAGCCACGCCCGGCCGAGGCGCAACCUCACCAUCACCCGCAAGGAGCCGAUCGGCGUAUGCGGCCUCGUCACCCCCUGGAACUACCCCCUGAUGAUGCUCUCGUGGAAGAUGGCCGCGUGCCUGGCAGCCGGCAACACCGUCGUCAUGAAGCCGGCGCAGACCUCGCCCCUCACCGCCCUCAAGUUCGCCGAGCUAUCGGCCAAGGCCGGCAUACCACCGGGUGUGAUCAACAUAGUCCCGGGCAGUGGGUCGGUGGCGGGCAACGCGAUAGUGAAGCACCCGAUGGUGAGGAAGCUCGGCUUCACCGGCUCGACGGAGAUAGGCCAGGUGAUCAUGAAAACUUGCGCCGAGAGCAACUUGAAGAAGGUGUCCCUGGAACUCGGGGGCAAGAGUCCCCUCGUCAUCUUCGAGGACGCGGACAUGCAGCAGGCGGUCAGGCUCGCCAUGAGCAGCGUCUUCUUCAACAAGGGCGAGAACUGCAUCGCCGCUGGUCGCAUCUUCGUGGAGAGCAGCAUCCACGACGAGUUCAUCGAGCGCGUGGUGGCGGAGACGCGAAAGAUAAAGAUCGGGGAUCCCCUGAACCGCGCGACCUCCCACGGGCCCCAGAACCACAAGGCCCACCUCGAGAAGCUCCUCGAGUUCGUCGACCGGGGUAUAAAAGAGGGCGCCCAGCUCGUCCUCGGCGGUAAGCGGCUCGACCGGCCGGGCUACUACUUCGAGCCGACGAUAUUCACCGAAGUCGAGGACGGGAGUUACUUGGCGCGCGAGGAGUCCUUCGGCCCCGUGAUGAUCGUCUCGCGCUUUAGCUCCCAAAACCUCGACGACGUGCUGCGCCGGGCCAACGCCACCGAGUACGGGCUCGCCUCGGGCGUGCUCACCAAGGACAUUGGCCGGGCCCUCAGGUUUGCCGAGAAAAUCGAGGCGGGCACGGUUUUUGUCAACACGUACAACAAGACGGACGUCGCCGCUCCCUUUGGCGGCUUCAAGAGGUCCGGCUUCGGGAAGGAUCUCGGACAGGAGGCGCUCAACGAGUACCUCAAGACCAAGACCAUCACCAUCGAGUACUAGACGGGAGAGCCUCUCUCUGUCACUGCAGAGGGGAAAGCUUCGUUGUUCAUAUACUGAUUCUUUUUUUUGUUUUGUUUUGUUUUUUUUUUUUUUUUUUACUUUUCUCGUAUCGAGUUGUUUAUUUGCGUUUUCCAUAGUACCUAUACAUCGAUACGAAAUAAAAGUUGUUUUUUUUUUUUUCAUAAAUAUAAAAAACACGUUAUUAUUUUUACUGAAGCGUAUAAGAGUUAUGCUACGUCCUAUCCAUUUCUAUGUAGAUAUUAUAUAUUUUUGUGAAGAUUACUUCAUGAGAUUUAUUUGAAUUUAUUUAUAUAUUUUUCUACUACUUCUCCAACUAUUGAUAUGUAUUAAUCAAACAUACGCGACACCAUACAUCGUUAUGUUGCGCGGAUUAAAAAACAUCUGAUAUGUAUAUUACGGAUGUAUAAUUUUUGCCAUUGCAUUUCACGAUUAAUAACAAUAAACACCUGCAUUGAGUGUCGGAAAAUUAACUUUUUGAGCCGUGUUGUAUAAUUUUAUUAUAUACGUAUAUGUUCAUGUAUAGUUUAAGCAGAGUACGAUACUUUAAAUAAUAAAAAGACUAGUAAAAA